AUGGCGGGUAUUGAUGUAGAUUUGAUUCCUGUAGAGCAUGAAGAAGAAAUAUUAGUAUUGAAAUCUAUAUUUAAUGAAGAUUUUAUAUUAAUUAAUAAUGAAAAUAAUCAAUCGACAUUUGAUUUGAUUAUUCAUUUUGAUUCAUUACCAAAUAAAAUUCUUCUUAUUCAUAAUGAAUCGAAUAUUUCCACUGAACUUCGUCAUUUACCACCUAUAAUUCUUCAUAUAACAUAUAGAAAAACUUAUCCUAAAAUUGAUCCACCAUUGUAUUGUAUUAAAUGUGAUUAUUUAACAUGUGAUCAACUUUUAUUAUUAACAAAUCAAAUGGAUAAAAUGUGGCAAUCAGAUGAAGUUAUUGUUUAUAGAUGGAUUGAAUUUUUAAAAGAUUAUUUUUAUAAUUUAAAUCAUCAACUUAUACUUUUUGAUAAUGAAUCAUCAAUAGAUGAUAUACGUUUUUUAACUAAUUAUAAUAAAAUUGGAUCAAAAAAAAUUUAUGAACAAUUAGUUGGAUAUAAUCGAAUACAAAAUCAAUAUGAAUUCGAACAAAUGAAUCAUAUUUGUCCAAUAUGUUUAGAAGAAAAAUCAGGAAAAAAUUUUUUACAAUUUGAAAAAUGUCAUCAUUAUGCUUGUUUUUUAUGUUUAAAUUCUCAUGCAAAAGAAUAUUUAUCUAAUAUACAAAUAAAAUCAAUUAAUUAUUAUGAAUGUGAUUCACCAUUAUAUCAAUCUGAACUUCGUCAAAUAUUUUCUGAUAAUAAAUUAUUCAUAAAAUAUCAACAACGUUUAUUAGAACAAACAUCUGAUAUAGUAUGGUGUCCACGUUGUCAUUAUACUAUUAUUUGUACACCAUCAGAAAGUAAAUCAGGAAAUCAUCAAUCAUUUGUUGAAUGUUUUUAUUGUCAAUUUACAUUUUGUCGACGAUGUCAACAAAUUUGGCAUCCACAAAUUCAAUGUCCUAAAGAUGAAAUUCUUCAUAAUAUAAAACAAAAUAUAAAUUCUAAUGAAAAAAAAUUAAAUAAAAUAGAAUUAAAUAAACUUUUAUUAGAAAUUGAAAAUAUUCAAAUAAUUGAACAAUGUACAAAACCUUGUCCAUCAUGUAAUGUUCGAAUUGAAAAAAAUGGUGGUUGUCAACAUAUGCAUUGUCGAGCAUGUCAAAUACAUUUUUGUUGGGUAUGUGGAUGGUAUGGACAUGCUUAUAGUCCACAUCCAUGUGUAAUUAAACCUGAAAAAUUUCAAGCAUCACUUCCAUUGGAUAUGAAUGAAAAACUUGAACAAGUAUUACAUGAUGAAAAUGGUAAAAAAAUUCAACAUAAUAUUGUCAAACGAAUACAAAUAUGUCCAAAAGAAGAUUGUCGUCAAGCUCAUGUUAAAAUUGGAAUAAAGAAUAUGCUUACAUGUGAAAAAUGUGAAACUAAAUUUUGUUUUUUAUGUGGAGAAAUUGUUUAUGGAAAUUUUCAUUUUUCAGAAUAUGGUUGUAAACCUAAUACUCGACUUUAA